CACGUGGUUUCCACAAUUGAUUCUUCAUGGAUAUCUAUCAACUUUGGUCGUUUUUCCAAACACAUCACAUAUUAUAAUUUAAAGGAACUGAAAAUCAAUGGGAUUACAGUUCUAAAUUCCCUCCCAGCAACACUGAAGGCAGAAUUAAUCUUUGAUCCAUCUAAUGGCGUACUUCAGAAUGAAACACUCAUGAGGAUGGUUUUGUGCUCUAUUCUGAUAUCUCCAGAUGAUGGACAACUUGAACAGUUCUUUACAGCUUUUACUUACAUCACGACAAAGAGAAAUAUCACAAUAAUUGAAAACACAGCUGUCCGAGACACAAUGCUGAACCUAACUUUGAUGGCUCUUGCUCCCAAAUUCCCCCUCUUCCAAACCAGUGACUAUAUUUUGUGGUUCCAAGUAAAUCUUCUUGUACUGCUGGCCAGUUUUCGUCCAUCAGAUUUGGUGGUGAUCCCCACAAACCUCAGCUGUGACUCCUACGAUGCAAUAUUGAAAGGCUUAGAAAAUGCGUUGGCAAUUGUACCAUCUGAGCUUCUAGAGGACCUGAAGACAAGCAAAGAAAUUUUUAUUCUUUCACAACCUAAAGGUUGUCCUCAGAAAGAUACUCCCUUACCAAUGACAACCAUAGAUGCUGAUUCCAUAACUUGGGCUGUCCCUACGGAUUCCUCAACAACUGCAAUUUCCACUGAUCCAUCUAGUGCAGUCCCUGUUCAUUUUUCAAGCCAAACUGUUUCUUCUGUAAUAUUUGCAAACUCAACAGACUCUAAAUAUGUCACUACUGCAACUACAUCUUUAAUGUCAACCACUCAACUGUCAACUAAGGCCUCCACAGGUCCAGCAGUGGCAGGCGAAGUAUUUGUCAUUCUGCAGAUCCGUUUACAUAUACAGUAUGUUGAUGCUUACAAUAACCCUGCUUUACUGGAGUAUCAGACUCUGUCCAGAAACAUCACAAUGGAGCUGAAUCGCUUCUACUGGAAAGUGUAUGAGCCACACUUUCUUAGAUGCUACUUGCUGAGAUUCUGGCCUGGGUCUGUGGGUGUGGAUGUGCAACUUAUCUUUAAAAAUGACACAGGGCUUCCAAAUACAAGAAGCAUUGAAGACGAACUUAAGUCAGCAGUUGUUGAAUCAAAAGUGUUUCUUGACAUUAUUCCUUCCAGCAUCAUUGUUGUGAGACAAGAUGGUUCAACCUUGACCACUAGACAAACGCAGUCAUCACAAAAUGUUCUGGUUAUGCAAACAUCAAGUACUUCGACUCCUAAUGUUCCUAUCCUUUCUGCAGUACCUACUCAGAAAUCAAGCGCAACUGCUUCUCCUGGAACAUUAAGCACAGCAGACUCUGCGCAUCUAUCACACACUGCUCCCUAUGGACAUUCAAGCACUGGAACUGGAACCGGAACCUCGACCACUGCAGUUCCUACUGAUCUGUCACGCACAACUGCUCCUACUGGUCCCAUCACAGCUACAUAUUCUUCAGAUUCAUCAGAGCAAUCUUUUCCUGCUGGUUUCACAACUGCUUCAGUUCCUACUGAUAAAUCACACUCAGUUGUUCCUCCUGCUGCCUCAACCACCAAAGUCCUUACACAUCUUUCAAGGACAACUCUUAGUAGUAAUGUUUCAAGCAAUGCAGUUCCCACUGAUAGACAAACUGCAACAAUUCAUACUGAAACCUCAACUACUGUAGUUCCUGCUGAUCUGUCAAGCACACUACUACCUACUGGUUUUACAGACACUGCAGUCGCUACUGGUCCAUCACUAACAGCUGGUUCAUCAAACACAACAGGUGACACUCAUCUGUUAGGUACUUUGUCUGCCAGUGGUUCCGUACUCUCUGCAGUUCCUACUCAGAAAUCAAGCACAACUGCUUCUCCUGGAACAUUAAGCACAGCAGACUCUUCUCAUCUCUCACACGCUGCUCCCAAUGGACAUUCAAGCACUGGGAAUUCUACAAAUCAUUCAAACACAACUGCUCUUACUGAUCCCUCAGUCACUGAAGUUUUAAAUAAUCAAACAAGUUCAACUGUUGGGUCAAGUACUAAAGUUGGUAUUGAGCAAUCAAGCACAACUAUUCAUACCGGAACCUUGACCACUGCAGUUCCUACUGAUCUGUCACGCACAACUGCUCCUACUGGUCCCAUCACAGCUACAUAUUCUUCAGAUUCAUCAGAGCAAUCUUUUCCUGCUGGUUUCACAACUGCUUCAGUUCCUACUGAUAAAUCACACUCAGUUGUUCCUCCUGCUGCCUCAACCACCAAAGUCCUUACACAUCUUUCAAGGACAACUCUUAGUAGUAAUGUUUCAAGCAAUGCAGUUCCCACUGAUAGACAAAGCGCAACAAUUCAUUCAAGCACUGGGAAUUCUACAAAUCAUUCAAACACAACUGCUCUUACUGAUCCCUUAAUCACUGUAGUUUUAAAAAAUCAAACAAGUCCAACUAUUGGAUCAAGCACAACUACUCAUACUGAAACCUCAACCACUGUAGUUCCUGCUGAUCUGUCAAGCACACUAUUACCUACUGGUUUUUCAGACACUGCAGUCGCUACCGGUCCAUCAGUCUCAACAGUUUCCCCUGGUCCUUCAAACAAUGCAGUUUCUGCCAGUCUAUCAAGUGCAACUACUUCUAAUUAUUCUUCAAACAAUGCAGUCCCUACAGAUCAACCAAGCGCAACUGUUAAUACUGGAACCUCAAACACAGUGACAACCUAUCCAUCAAGUACAAGUAUUCUGCCUGCUAAGAUCAACACCACCGUCUCUACUAAUCUUUCAAGCAAAGCCAUUUCUAAUCAUUAUCCAAAUACAACAGUUUCAACCAACACACCAGUCACAACUGCUUCAGAUGGCCAUUCAAACAAUGCAGUUCAUACCGUUUUAUCAAACACAGCUAUUUCUGCUGGAAUAUCAAACAGUGUACAUCAUACAGAUGUAUCAAGCACAACUGUUCUUUCUAGUCUAUCUGCCACUAAAAUGUCUGUAUCCAGUGCAGCUGGUAAUCAUAUCACCACAUCUGUAAUAUUUGCAAACUCGACACACUCUAAAGUUGUCACCACCAUCUCAACCACAUCUUCACUGCAAACCACUCGUCUAUCAACUAAAGCCUCCACAGGUUCAGCAGUGCCAGGCGAGGGAUUUGUUGUUCUGCAGAUUCGUUUACAGAGGCAAUACAUUGAUGCUUACAAUAAUCCUGCUUCUAUGGAGUAUCAGAUACUGUCGAGAAACAUCACUAUUGAGCUCAAUCGAGUCUACCAGGAAAUUUAUGGGACCCGUUUCCUUAGAUGCUACGUGAUAAGAUUCUGGCCUGGGUCAGUGGGUGUGGAUACAGAACUUAUUUUUAAAAAUCGGACUGUGCUUCCAAAUGCAACAAGCAUUGAAGAAUCUCUAACGACAGCAAUUGCUGAAUCAAAAGUGUUCCUUGGUGUGAUUCCUUCCAGUAUUAUUGUUGUGGAACAGCAAGAUUCAACUUCAACCACCAGGCAAACUCAGACAACACAAAGUGUUCCUAUAAUGCAAACAUCAUCUGCUGUUGCACCGAUUCUGUCUAAUAUGCUGUUCAUGCUCCUGCUUCUGCUAUGGAAUGAAACAAUGUAAUUCUGCAAAGCCUUUUUUCAUGUGUCAUUACUCUUCUUUUUAUGUAAUGAAAAUUGUGAUCAAACUGAUACAUACAAUAAUUAUUCUUUAGACAUGUCUUGGGUAUUUCAGCACCUAUACCAUAACCUGCAUUUUGCAUUUUCUUUUCUUGGAUGUUAAAGAAAUUACGCACAGCAAUUGUAUUUUGUUGAAUUUAAUUAAAUAAAUCUAGUAAUUAGUAC